AUGCGAGUGAAGCCGACUGCAACCACAGUUACAAAGUCCGAUGCAGCUGUCAUAAAGGUCACAUGGCUCUGUUCCGCUGUACUCAUGGCACCGGCCGAGACUGAAGUUCCUGAACCAGCGAUCACCACGGCCAUUCUGACAGUUUUUAUUGACAACCACUCAAGCUUUACUUUGGUACUGGAGAAGCCAAGUAAGCUGGCCGUCGUCGAAAAGACUCCAAGCAAACCGAAAUGGGAAACCAAAGAUGCAAGGGAAGGAGCAUUUGAAGUCAUAUCAACGCUAAUCAAACCGCUGCUCCUUAACGUCCCGAAUCGACUGAGCAAUUAUCUCUCGGAACCGACUCCUCAAAGCACUGUAAGGCAACGGCUUGAUGACUUGGUCUAUCCGGUGGUACUGGAGCUCCUGCAGGAUCUGGGAGAGUUCGCGAGGAGAGAAAGACGGAAAAAUCGGCUCAGUCAAAGCGAACCCCCAAUGAAACCUUUAUCAGGAUGUAUAGCAAAUGAUGUAACCGAACUGAUAUUGAUACGCUUAUCUGAGAAAUUACGUCAAGAAUACGGUACAUUCAACGAAACGCUGAACUUGAAUUAA